CCGCAGGCUCAAGAUGCUGAGCCGUUUGUCAGGGCUGGCCAACACCGUCCUGCAGGAGCUGUCCGGGGAAGGGGACGGUGCAGAGAUCGGGACUUUGCCUGCUCAGGGGCCGGAGGCGGAGCCGAGCCAGCAGAAUGGGGAGGAGACCCCCGAGGACGUGCUGGAGCGGCUGGCCCACAUGGAGAGGCUGGUGGUGCAGCUGAAGGGCCUGGUGCGGGAAAAGGAUGCUCAGCUCCAGCAGCAGGAGGCCGCCCACCAGGAGGAAAGGCAGUCUGCCGAGGCCAAGCUGGCCAAGCUGAAGCUGCAGGCCAAAGCCAAGGUGGCCUCGCUCAACAAGCGCAUCGAGGAGCUGACGGAGCAGGGAGCUGCUGGGCCUGCGGAAGGCCUGCCCCAAGAGCCGCCUCCGCCUCCUUCUCCUGCUAAGAGUGACCCAGAGACGCACCACAGUCAGAAGGAGGAACUGGAAGCCCUGCAAAGGAGGCUUCAGGAGCAAGAGGCCAUGACUGGGAAGCUGCAGGAGCAGCUGGAGGAGGCUACGGGAAGCUUGAAAGAAGCCCAGGCCCAGCUGAGCCUUCUGCAAGGGGUGGUCGAGGAGAAGGACGUCUGCCUCAAGGAGCAGACCCGACAGCACCGGGCAGAGCUGCACCAACUAGCGGCCCAGUCAAACCUGGAAGCGGAAAUGCAGCAGAACCUGAGGCUGUUGCAGCGGAAGCUGGAGGAGCAGGAGGCAGCCCUGCUGGGGCGGACGCAGGUGGUGGAGUUGCUGCAGCACGAGCUGAACAGCCUCGAGGAGCAGAAGCAGGUUCUCUUGGAGAAAUCCCAGGCGUCGGAGGCGGAGCUGGAGUCCCUGCGGAGCACCUUGGCUUCCGAGAGGCGGCAGCAGCAGAGCGCCGUGAAGGAACUGGAGAUGGAGCUAGCGAGGUCGAAGCGAGUCGGCCAUGGCUUGCAGGAGGAGGUCCAGCAGCUCUCCCAGGAGCUGGCCCAAGCCAGAGCUGCUGUGGACUUUCACAAGAUGGAGAGCCGAGCCUGCAGGAAGAGGCACGUGAAGGAGCUGGAGGAGAAGAGCCAGGAAAUGGCUGAGCUCCAAAAAGCGAAGCGGGACCUGUGUUCCAUAUAUGAAACCCUCGUGACGGAGAACAACCGGCUGCGGCAGAAGGCGGAUUGGCCCCCGGAAGGCCCUGCCGAGGAGGUUCCCGCCCAGCAAGUCUGCACGCUGCCUUCUCCUGCCCCCAAAGCAGAGGGCAGACCUCUGUUGUCAGUGGUGGCUUUCAGGGAAGUGAAGCUGACGGUCAUUGUUUGUGUUUCAGGGGAGCUUCCUGAAGGGCCCCAGGAGCUGGGCUGUUCACGGGAUCAACCGGAUUUACUCGCGGUCGACACACUGGAGUUGGUAUCCCCGCUGGAUAAGCCACUCGCUCAACCAGAGAAGGCGCCUUUGCUGAAGAAGGAAAGCCAGCCAAAAGACGAGCAGCUGAAGGCGUCGGUGGAGAAGCUGGAAGCUGAAAACGAGUCCCUCCGUGCCCAGCUCAUCUUGUUGGAAAACCAGCUGGAAUCUGCUAGGAGCACAACCGAGUCAAGCCAGGUCAGCCGUGCGAAUGCAGCCCUCGGAGGAUCCCUUCUGCUGGCUUCAGGGGUCUCGUCCGCCAGCAGCGAUGGCCGUUCGGGCCUGGCGGUAAGAUGCUCUUUGCGACUGAUCCAAGAAGGUCGGAUCGACCUGGGCAGUGGAGGAGACUCUCCGGACGGGAUUGGAAGCGUCGAAGCGGAAAGCCGGGAUUCACCCACUGUGCCUGCCGUCCUGACUGAGCCCGACCCAGGAGAGAGUGUCGAGGAACCCCCUGCUGGGGAGAACGGCCACCACGACCUUUUGCAGUACCUCUCCGCCAAGAAGCGCAAAGAUCUCUCUCUCCUGCUCCUGGAGCUGCAGGAGGCUCAGGAAGAAAUCGCCUUUCUGAAAGGGCAGCUGCAGGACUCCGGCGGUCCAGCCCUCGAGGGAGACGCUCAGCUGGCAAGAAAAUCUCAGGGCAGUGGUGCUGAGGAAGAGGGACGAGGAGAAGAGGCAAGGCUCAUCCAGAGCCAUUCAAGUAGCAGUUCGUUAACGACCGUGGAAAUUCCAGAGGAGACACCUCCCGUGCUGGAGCUGGAGAGCCUCCCGGCAGAGGGUAGCCAAGCACUUCCGGAGACUCCCUUGGCCACUGCAUCACAGCCCCAGGAGCCGCUCGGAAACGCAGAACCCCCUAGCAGCUGGCCAGAAGCAGAGGAAUGCUGCAAGGAGGACUUGGAGAAGAAGGCCGCUGAAAUCGAGAGGCUGCAGCGGCUGCUGGAGGACUCCGGCGUCGCCUUGAGCGCUCUGACCGCCGAAAGAGACCAGCUGCUGUCGCAGGUGAAGGAGCUCUGCUCCCCGGCCGAGCUGAAGGAGCAGGUGAGGCAGCUGGAGGGCGACUUGGCCGACGCGGAGAAGCAGCGCCUCUCCGAACACGAGAGCGGGCUCUCCCAGCUCAGCCUGCUGAAGGAGCAGAUCCAGAGCCUGAAGAACGAGGCGGGAUCCAAGGAGGUGAAGAUGGAGGGCCUGCAGAAGGACCUGGAUGAAGCGCAGCGCCGUCUCGCGGAGCAGGACCCGCUCAUCGCCAGCCUGGAAAGCCGGCUGCGGAAGGAAGAGCAGGACAGGCGUGCCUUGGCAGACCGCUUGCGGGAAGCCUCUACUGAGGCUGAAGUCCUCGCCCAAAGCAACCUGUUGAAGGACACAGAGGCCGACAGGCUGCAGAAGCUCCUCUUGGAGAGGGCCUCCCAGGUGGAACGGCUUCGGUUGGCGGUGGCGGAGCGGGAGCAGCAGCUGGCGGAAGUCACCACCAGCAUGUCCGACCGGAUGGUGCAGCUGAACGAGGAGAAGUUCACGCUGGGGAAGGAGCUGAUGGUCCUUCAGCAGCAGCUCGAUCGGUUCCUGCGAGGGAAAGAGACGAGGGACCUGGGCGUGGGCCCUUGUGAGGAACCCGGACAGCAGGCUGAGGCGGGGAGCUCAGCUGGAGAGGAGCUGGAGGCCCUCAGGAAGGAAAACGAGCACGUGAGGAAGAAACUGCAGGCUGCCCUCGUCAGCAGGAAGGAGCUUCUGAACAAGAUCCGCAUGAUGGAGAAGCCGCCGGACAGCGGGGAAGGGCAGCCAGAGGAGCCCAAAGACCUGGAGAUGAAAGAGAGUGCAGCCGGAAGAGGAGGAGAAGAACCCUGUGAGACCAGUGGAGAUGCAGGAGCGGAGGUGUCUCCCAAAAGCGAAGGCCAGCAGGUUGCCUCCCCGGGCCGGUCGCUCUCUGCCAAGGAAGCUGAGGUGCAAAUCACAUGCAGGGAAAAGGAACCUGCCGUGGCUGAGUUGCAAGCGCUGAUUGCAGAACUGCAGCGAAGCCUGCGAGAAAAGGACGUCCUCGUAGGGACCCUGGAAGCUGAACUGGAGGGCCACACAAAGCAGCAGGCCCUAGAAAGUCGCCCCACUGACUCCGACCCAGAGGAGCAGCGGAGGUCUGCCCUGGAGGAGAAGGUCUGUGCUCUGGAGCAGGAGAAGGAGCAGCUCCAGAAGAAGCUCCAGGAGACGGUGGCCUCCCGCAAGGGAACCAUGAAGAAGGCCCAGGAGAAGGACCGGCACCACCGAGAGCAGCUGAAGCAGCAGAAGGAUGACUACAGCCUCCUCCAGGAGCGGUAUGAGGAGCAGAGCAGGGAGAAGGAGAGGAUCCACAAUCAGCUCCGGCUGCUGCAGGCCCAGGUGGAGAUGCUGGAGAAGCCCUCUGUUUCUGAGCCUCGCACAGAAGCUCUCCCAGAAGGAGCUCCGCAGGUGGAGGAACCUGACUGGGAGCUACCUGCAGGCUCCGAAAUGGGAAGCUUCAGCCCAUUGGCUGAAGGCGUUGCUGUUGAACAGCUCAAAGCGGAGCUAGAGAAACUCCGAACUGAGAAAGGGGAGUUGGAAGUUCAGCUCCACCACCUGGAGGGAGAGCUCCAAAGCAAGUCGGAGGCAGUUCUGCAGCUCCAGGAGCAGAUGGGACAACUGCUGGCUGAGGCAGAGGCGGCAAAGGCAGCUUCUGAGCAGGCCAAAGCAAGCGCGACAAGCCUUCGGGCAGAGCUGGAGGAGAGCCGAGCUGAAAUGGCCAGGAGGGAGAGCCUGAGGCUGCAUCAGAUGAGUCUAGAAGAGCAAAAGGAACUGGCGAGCAAAGAAGAAAUGGAAGCUCUGAACCGCCAGCUGGCAGAGAAAGCAGAGUCCCUGCAGAACCUUCAGGCCCAGCUGCAGGCACGAGAGGAGGCGAUGCAAGCCCUCCAAGGGCAGCUGGAGCUCCAGGCCAAAGAACAGACCCAGCAGCCUCAAGCUGAGCUGGCGGAAACGCAGCAGAAAGUGGCAGCGGAGGACUCUUCGAGGGCCCAGCUGCAGAGAAAGCUGCAGGCCGCGCUCAUCUCCAGGAAGGAGGUGCUGCGAGAGAGCAGGCUGCUGCAGGAGGAGCUGGCUGGCACCAAAACCGCUCUGGAGGGCGCCUCCCACCGCUUGUCGGCGGCGGAGAGCCAGGCCUCUGCCCUGGAGAAGGAGAAGGGGGCCCUUCUGGAGAAGUUGGAGGUCAUGGCCAAGGAACGGGGGAAGCUGAUCGCCGAAGUGGACAAAGCCCUCGCGGAAAACCAGAACCUCUCCAGCUCCUGCGAGAGCCUGAAGCUGGCCCUGGAGGGGGUGACGCAGGAGAAAGCCCGGCUGGAGCAGGACCUCGACGCCCUGCGGAACUCUCAGGUCGAAGAGCUCUCCGAGUGGCAGCGGAAGCUCGGGGAGCUGCAGAGGGAGUACGAGACCCUCCUGCAGUCCUACGAGAACGUCAGCGAUGAAGCCGAGCGGGUCCAGAGGGUGGUGGAAGGCGUCCGGCAGGAGAAGCAGGAGCUGUUCGUGAAGCUGAAGGGGGCGGAGGCGGAGAAGAGGGAGGCAGAAGCGCGGCUGCAGGGGGCUGAGCAGGAGAUGGAGGGGAUGAGGGAGAAGAUGCGCAAGUUCGCCAAAUCGAAGCAGCAGAAGAUCCUGGAGCUGGAAGAGGAGAACGAGCGCCUGAGGGCGGAGGCUCUUCCCACGGAAAGGGGCCCGAGCCGGGAGGAAGAGUCCAGUGCCGUUCUCCAAGAAGAGCUAGAAAAGUCCAAGGACGACUGCCGGACCUUAUCCAGCCGACUGGAAGCUCUCGGGGCUGAGAAGGACUCGCUCCGUCAAGAGAUCCGGAGCCUGAAGGAGCAGCUGCAGGGCCAGGAGACGGGGAAGAGUGACACGCAAGACGAGGCCACGGUGGAGGAAAAGGCAGCCAGUUCCACGUUGGGGGCAGCCACGGCGGCAGCCGAAGGCCAAGCGGACUCAGCCGGAGCUUCUGAAGCUUUUAAUGCCGAGGGGGAAGAGCGCAAGGCCGACCCUUCGUGCGACGAAAUAAAUGGCUACAUCCAGCAAGUGGGGCAGCUCACCGAACGGGUGGCCCAGCUGGAGGAGAUGAGGGAAGCGGAAGCUGAGAAACUGGGCAGGGUUUUGGCGGACGUGGAGGCCCUGGCGGGAGAGAGGAAAGGCCUGGAGGAGCAGCUGGCGGCGAAAGCCCAGGAGCUGGCAGCUCUGCGGGAAAAGGCUCUCCGGGUCGAGCAGGUGGAAGAGCAGCUUGCUGGAAUGGCGGGGCUGAAAGAAGCCCUGGAAGCCGAGAAGGACGACCUAGAGGAAAGGCUCAUGAACCAGCUGGCGGAGCUGAACGGGAGCAUCGGCGACUACCAGCAAGACGCCGCGGACCUGCAGAGCCAGAACCGGCGGCUCCUCGCAGAGGCGGAGGCUCUCCGGCACUCGCUGAGCCGGCUGGAGGAGGAGAAGAGGCACCUGGUGCGGGAGAAGGCAGCCGCGGAGGCGGAGAGGAAGGAGCACGUGGAGAAGCUGCGGAGCGCCCGGAAGGGGGACGGCGAGCGCAAGACGCAGGCGAAGGAGCUGCAGGAGCUGCUGAAGGAGAAGCAGCAGGAGGUGCGGCAGCUGCAGAAGGACUGCAUCAAGAGCCAGGAGAAGGUCAGCAGCUUGGAGAGGACCGUAAAGGCCCUGGAGUUUGUCCAGAGCGAGUCCCAGAAAGAGCUGGAGGCCGCCAAGAGGAGCCUGGCCAAGGCGGGAGGCGACACCGCGAAGGCCCGGGCCGAGCUGAGCACCUGCCGGGUCCUGCUGGACGACACCCAGAGCGAGGCCGCCCGAGUCUUGGCCGAGAGCCUGAAGGCCAAAGAGGAGCUUCAGGCCAGCCAGGAGCAGGUCAGAGCCCAGCUGAGGCGCCAGGAAGAGGAGCUGGAGCGGCGGCUGGAGGAGGAGAAGGGCAAGCACGCCAAGGAGCUCAGGAACCUGGAAGAGAAGCUGGAGGCCCGCCGGCAGGAGCAGGCCCGCUCGGAGGGGGCUUUGCGGGGCCUUCAGGAGGCCCUGUCCCAGAAGGACCGGGACGCCCAGCAGCUGCAAAGCAGCCUGAACCGAGCCCUGGCCCAGCUGGCCGCCUUCAGCCGCAGCAUGUCCUCCCUGCAGGAUGACCGGGACCGGGUCAUCGACAAGUCCCGCGAGUGGGAGAGGAAGUUCAGCCAGGCCAUCGAGAAGAAGGAGCAGGAGGUGCGGGCCAGGGAGGAAGACUGCGCUGCUCUGGAGGGUCAGCUGAAGCAGGCAGCUGCCCAAGUGGAGGAACUGCAGAGUCAGAUUGUCAGCCUGGAACGCAGCAAGUCGGCCGGGGAGGCCAGCUCUCGGAAGGAGAUUCAGCAGCUGCAGAAAGAGACGGAGCGACUGGGGAAGGAGAACGAGACGUUCGCGCUUCAGCUUGAGGAAGCCCGGCGGUCGCUCGGCGACGCCCAGAGUCAGCUCCAGAAGCAGAAGUCGGAACUCCAGGGCCUGAGAGAGCAGCUGGCUGAAGUGGAGGGCUCCUUCGCAGAGUGCAAGGAAGCACGGGAAGAAGCCGAGACGGCGGCGAAACGUCAAGAGGCCGCCCUCCGGGAACGCCGAUUCCGCCAGGAGCAGCUGGAGACGGACUUGCGCUCCUCCAAGGAGCUGACGGACAAACUCCACGAAGAGAUCAGCGGCAAGGAGCAGAGGAUCGUCAGCCUACUGGCCGCCCAGGAGGAAGCCGUCGCCGCGGCCCUGUCGGAGUCCCAGCGGCGGCACGAGGAGGAGCUGAAGGCGAUGGAGAGCAGGAUCGCCGAGGCAGUGGAGGAGCGCGCGGCCUCGGAGGACGAGAGGAGGAAAGCCCUGGAGAAGGCGGACCGCCUCCUGGAGAAGCUGAAGAGCGCCCGGGAGGAGAGCAAGAAGCACAAGGCCCAGCUGGACUCCUUCACCAAGUCCAUGUCUUCCCUGCAGGACGACCGGGACCGGGUCCUGGGAGACUACCAGCGGCUGGAGCAGGGCCACCUAUCCGGCAUGCUGGAGAAAGACCGCCUGAUCCAGGAGGCGGCGGCCGAGAGCAACCGGCUGAAGGAGGAGAUCCGGGGCCUCCACGGCCGGAUGGACGACCUCCACGCUGAGAACGCCAAGCUGGACGCGGAGCUGAUCCGCUACCGGGAGGACCUCAACCGGGUCAUCGCCAUCAAAGACGGCCAGCAGAAGCAGCUCUCGCGGGCCCAGCAGGAGCGCAUCCAGGCCUUGGAGGAGGAGAAGGCGGGCGCGGAAGCCCUGCGGAAGGAAGCGGAGCAGUCCGCGGAGGCCCUGGGGCGGGAGAAGCGCCGCCUGGAGCAGGAGGCGAAGGGCCUGCGGGCCUCUCUAUCCCAGCUGCAGGGGGAGGUGGCAGCGCUGCAGGAAGGCGGGCCCCUGCUGGAGCUGCAGGCGCGGCUGCAGGCCCAAACCGAGGAGGCGCAGGAGCUGAGCGGCCGGCUCUCCCUCGCGCAGCAGCGGGCGGCCGAGCUGGAGGAGGAGCUGAGCCAGGCGCGCCAGGCCGCGGCCCGGCAGCUGCGGGAGGCGGAGGCCGUGACGGCGAAGGAGCUGCGGAGCCUGCGCCACGACGCCGGGCUCAUGCGCAACGAGGCCGAGACGGCCGAGGAGCGGGUGGCCGAGCUGGCCAGGGACCUGCUGGAGACGGAGCAGAGCCUCCUGGCGGCCGCCGAGGAGAACCAGGACUUGAAGGCCCAGCUCCAGUCCUUCGGGAAGGCCAUGAGCUCCCUCCAGGACAGCUGGGACCAGGCCAACGACGAGCUGCGUGCUGCAGAAAAGAAGCACGCCGCGGCCUUGGAGGAGCAGCAGUCGCUGGUCCGGAGCCUACGGGAGGAGAAGGCCGAGCUGCUGGAGGAGCAGAGGACUCUGGGCCGGGAGAGGGCCGCGCUGGCCUCCGAGCUGGCCGCCCUGCGGGCCUCCGUUGAGGAAAAAGGCCUCCAGGCCCAGCAGCUCCCGGCCAAAGAGGCCGAGCUCCUCCGCCUGACCUCGGAGCUGGAGAGGGCCUCCGGCCAGGUGAAGUCCUUCUCCCAGGCCAUGGCCAGCCUGCAGGAUGAGCGAGACCGCCUGCUGAGGGAGCUGGACAGGAGCCGCAGGGAACACGAAGUCAAGCUGCAGUCGCCUCCGGCCGCUUCCGUCAGCCUCGCCGAAGCCCAGAGCCUCCGGAAGGCCCUGUCCGCUCUGCAGAACGACCGGGAGCAGCUGCUGGCAGAGCUGAAGACCCUGCAGCAGCAGGCGGGGCCAGACACGGCCGAGGGGACGCGCCUGAAGGCCCAGCGGAAGGACCAGGAGCAGCUGAGGCGCGAGCUCAGGUGGCUCAGGGAGGAGAAGGCAACGUGGGAGCCGGGGACCAAAGAGCAGCCGCUGGGCCGCAUGCAGACGGCCGUGAGGGAGACGAGGACCAGCCUGCCCCCGUUGGAGGAGGAGCAGCACCAAAGACAGGUGAGGGCGGGGGUGUGUGUGUGAGUUCCCUCGUCUGGUGAGGAGGCAGAGAAGAGCCAUCUUCAGGCCCAGCUUGGGAGCAGCUUGAAGGAGCUGCACCAGAAGGAGCUGCGGAUCCAGCAGCUGAACAGCAAGCUCUCGCAGGUCUUUGAGGAGAAGAACACCCUGGCCCUCCAGCUGAGGGGGAGCAGCCGCGGCCUGCGGGAGAGCCAGCAGCGCUACGGCGACGUCGUGGCCCGCUGCGAGGCGCUGGAGAAGCAGCUGCAGCAGCUGCAGCAGCAGCCUCCCGGGAAGGACUUGCGAUCCCUCUCGACAGACGCUGCUCCCGGAGCCCCCCAGGAAAGAAGCGAGCAUCCCAGGGAGAGCUACACUCCAGAGCUGCAGGAACUACAGAUGAGGCUGUCGGAGGCUAGGCAGCAGGAGAGCUCCGCGAAGCAGGGCCUGUUGCAGCUGGAGGAGCUGCUGCAGGAGGAGCGGGACCAGCGCCAGGCGGCCGAAGAGGCCUUUUCCGCAGCCCAGGAUCACAUCCGCAGGUUGGAGUCCAGCCAGUGGGCCCAUUCUUUGGACACCAGCAUCGAUAUGCCGCCUGCCCCUGAACGCCCACUGCUGGCUGGCUCCACAGAGGGGACCUUCAGCAAGCCUCGGCCGAGCACCGCCCCCCGGCGCCUCCUCCGCUCGCUCCUCUGCUCUCGGACCCGCCUGCCCCUCCUGGCCACUGUCUACCUCCUCACGGUCCACGUCCUGCUGCUGCUUUGCUUCACAGGCCACCUGUGAGAGCAGCCGCCGCCCUCAGGCCCACGAGAGUCGGCCCCGUCUUCAGGCUCGGCCCGCAGGGAGAAGAAAGGGAGAGUUUGGGGCUUGGUUGGAGGACCAGGCUCCCCUGGGCGUUGAUUUGGGCGUCCAGCCUCUCUCACACAAGCUGGCUGAUGGUAAGGGGUCUGCUCUAGGGAACUUGGGGGGCAUCCCUUCUCCCCCACCACUGAGAGCCUGGCCCAUAGACAGCCACUAUUGCCACGGCACUGGUCUCACAUACGUUCAGAAGGAAGAGCACGGGCGUUUUCUCUUGACUGCGCACACCGAAUCCAGGACUAAAUUAAUUUACGGUUUAGGGUAAUCGACGGCAGAAGGGGAAAAGGUCCCCCGCUUGAUGCACCAUGUGAAUUGCAGCCUGCCCCCUUGAACUUCCUGCAGGCGACGGGCGGGAAUUUCCAGCGUGCUGGCACGUUGAGCAACACACCGGGUGUCUAGGGCUUGGGUGGGGUGGGGUGGGGGGGCGUGUGUUUUCACGCGAUUCCGGGAAGGGGCCUCACUUCAGCUAGUUGACCUCUGCCCGGCCGGAAGGACCUUUCUUUUGCGCCUGCCGUUUUUGGGUUCGGUGGCUUCGGCACCAGGGGUCGGGGCGGGUUACGCUGAAGGGGUGGGAGCUGCAGACACACCCCUCUGCGUGUCGCGGGCCGGGGAGGAGAGGGGAGGGCGGUGGCGUGGCCUCCGGCUCCCAGCAGUGGCGGUCGCUGUGGAAGCUGUUUCUUGCACUGUACGGUGAUCGGGAGGGGAGGGAGGAGGCAGAGUUCCAACUCUUCCCCCCCCUUGGUUCUUGCCUGUUUAUGUGAAGGGAGGGGGUCAGUUGUGGGCGGUUGGGAGCCCUUGUAGUUCAGCCAUACCUUUUCCCUCCAGGAUGAACUGAGGAGUGAACGGGUUGGAAAUGUGUUUUGGGGAGGGGGGAGCGUUUGUCCUCCUCCUCCUCCUGUGGGUUCUGGUUUUUCCUCUUGGGUCCCUCAGCAUUGACUUGGGGUGGCCCCCCUCCGUGGGGGGGGGGGGCGUGUGGUCCGCGGGCUUCCCUUUUGUUUCCAAAAUGCCCAUCUGCUGACCACCCCCAUCCCCCAAACCCCACUUUGUGCAAUAAAGAUUAUUUUGAUGAG